UUGCCUUGCUUGGAAUCCCUAGUAAUGGUUGGAUUCCUUGGCAUAGAAAAGAUACUCUACAGUGAUCCCUCAAUAAAAUACAGUGGUCUGAAGUCGCUAAAGAUAGAAGAAUCUAAAUCCACAUUGAGUAUUCCCAAAGAUUGGAUACUGAAGCUGCCAAAUUUGGAGUCAAUGGAAAUUGCGGGCUCUCCAUCAGCAUAAGUAGUUUUUGACUUGGAGGAGUUGAAAGUCACUGGAGAAGUUGAGAUUCUCUCUCGGCUAAGUACAUUGGCAUUAUCUAAGUUGCUAAACCUCCGGUGCACGUUGAAACAAGACGUACAAUUACAAGGAAUAUCGAUAUUUCGAAACUUGAAGGAGCUCUCUAUCUGUGAAAUAGGGCUGUCAUUUCUCUUUCCGGUGUUUGUGGCUAAAUGCCUUAGAGAAAUUGAAGACAUUAAAGUGGAGGACUGUCCAAAUAUGAAGACAGUGAUUGUGGAUGAAGAAGGAACAGAUGAUAUCAUAGAGCUACCACUACUGAAGCGACUAUCUAUAACGCGUUGUCCCACGGAGAAAUUCUUCUCAUAUCCUCAUGGAAAGAAAGAGUCAGUAACCACUACUUCAAAUUCGCAAGAUGCUUAUUUCGAUUCCUUCUUUGAUCAAAAGGUUAGUUUACCGAGCUUGGAGGAGUUAAAGCUUGAGUUAGAAGGAUCCUUCAAAGGAAUAUGGCACAGUGAACUUAUGGAAACUUCCUUCUGCAAAUUAGCCACCCUCUCUAUUGGAUAUUGCUCUAAGCUACACAACAUCUUCCCUUCCACAAUCAUAGGGAGAUUGCACAACCUAACAAUUGUUGAGAUUGAAAACUGUCCCUCUCUAGAAUCAUUGUUUGAUUGUGGGUCCACGGAAGUAAAGACGGUGAGGGAAGCAGGAAAGUUGAAAUGUACAGUGAAGAGCGACUCCCAAAUGAUUUUGAGUUUUCCUAGUCUUAAAAAAGUCCGUGUUUGCAAUUGCUCCAACCUAAGAUAUCUCUUCCCCAGUUGUAGGGCCACAACUCUAGAGAAACUCGAGAGCCUAUGGAUUAGCAAUUGUGAACAAAUGAAGGAAGUGGUUCCUAAGGAGACAGCCAAAGAGGAUGAUGAAUCAUCACAACCGUUGUUCAAUGAGAUGGUUAGAUUCCCCAAUAUAAGAAAACUACAAAUUGAAGGUGCCCGGUGCAAAGAGCUAUGGAACAGUCAAAUUCCUUACGAUUCCUUUUGCAAACUAGAAUUUCUUCGAUUGGAGCAUUGUGACAAUCUCCUAUGUAUUGCCCCAUCCCACAUGUGGAAGAAACUGCAGCUUUGUCUCGACUUCCUAGAAGUGAGAUCAUGCCGUUUGGUCGAGAUCAUAUACAAAAGUGAUGGGACAAAUACAAAGAGUGGCAAAUUGAGGAGGUUGGCUUUGCAUGAUCUAGAAAACUUGAGGCACAUUUGGCAAUCCGAUGGUCUCCCAAAUGUCCCAUUCCCAAACUUGAGAUAUGUAGAGGUUGUGAGGUGCUCUCGUUUGGAAAUUCUUUUCACAACCUUCACGGCAAAAUUUCUCGCAAAUCAAAGAGCUGAUAGUAGAGUCAUGUGAAGAUAUAAAACUAAUUGCUGGCCAUGAAGAAUGUGAAGAAGCGGCCGAUACGACAAUCAUCUUCUCCGAGUUAACUGCUCUUAGACUUUUCGAGUUGCCGAAAAUCAGGAGAAUUCUAGCUGAGAAAUACUCUGGGGAAUUCCCAUCCUUGCAAGUCUUUUGUAUGGUAAGCUGUGGAAUGGCGCCAGACUGAGGCCUUGAUGACUGGGAAAGGUACCAAGCCCACAAGUGGUUUGACUUCAUGAAAUAUGGGUUUGAAGAAUAAUCAUUUCGGACUUCUGCAACGGAAAAUGGUGUUUGUCAAUAUGGAAUAACGUGUCCGGUAAUAUGAUAUCAUGUUUCUACGUUAUCUUGUAUAGUUCCCACAAAGUCUCUUGACUAUUUCCUUCAAUAAUCAUUGCUCAGGUUUGUCUCCUGUCCCUUGGAUCUAAGGCCGAGCUAAGGAAGGUCACUUGUUCA